CGAGCUCCCUCCCUAGGUCCGGUCCUGUGGACCUCUCACCCACGGGCACCACCGGCCCCGCAGCGCCGAACCGCGUCCCGCGCCCAAGACCGGGUCUAUUUCUACGCGCGGCACCGGCACCGGGUUCCUUUCCCUUGGCGGAGACGACGCGGCGGUGCAGGUGCGACCUCCAUUUUAGCAGGUGCGCCUACACCUUCGAUCUCUCCGUCGGGUUCAAGCCACGCACGCUCGAGCUCGCCGCCCUCUGCCGCGUCAGGUGCUCCGGGGAGCGAUUUUCGAUCGGAUUGGCUACGGAUUCGGCGACCGGUCCAGAAUGUCGAGCCUCGAAGAGCCACUUGGUCUUGGGGACCUGCCAAAGUUGAGUAUUAAUAGACUUGGAAGGUUCUGUCAGAGUGCUUGCAGGUCAAGAGCUGAUGACCACUGCAACGGCAACAACAAUGGCAACAACCAGACGAUCUAUCACACCAGUUCUCCGUCAUGGCAUAUGCAAGGCCAUUAUGCCGAUUCAUCCUGCAAUGGAAUGAAUAUGGAGUUCAGAGCUCUUCCGCAAAAGAUCUCAUGGGAUCUCCCGAGGUUUGUGAAGAUAGUUGAAGUUGGACCACGAGAUGGUCUGCAAAAUGAGAAGAACCUUGUACCAACAUCAGUAAAGAUUGAGCUGAUACACAAGUUGGUGGCUUCUGGUCUAUCCGUAGUUGAAGCCACAAGUUUUGUUUCCCCAAAAUGGGUGCCACAGCUAGCUGAUGCAAAGGAUGUCCUUGAAGGGAUCCGGCAGGCGCCAGAUGUGCGGUAUCCUGUGUUGACUCCUAACCUCAGAGGAUUUGAGGCUGCUAUUGCAGCUGGUGCAAAAGAAGUGGCAGUUUUCGCAUCUGCCUCUGAAUCGUUCUCAAAGUCGAACCUUAACUGCAGCAUUGAGGCGAGCCUUGCUCGGUACCGUGAUGUUACUUCUGCUGCCAAGAAACACGGAAUACGUGUCCGCGGGUAUGUUUCGUGUGUGGUGGGUUGCCCUGUCGAAGGCGCGGUGCAUCCUUUGAAGGUAGCAUAUGUUGCAAAGGAGCUUUAUGACAUGGGCUGCACAGAGAUUUCACUUGGUGACACGAUUGGUGUUGCUACACCAGGUAAGGUAGUUCCUAUGCUUGAGGCUGUCAUGUCUGUCGUUCCAGUAGACAAGCUUGCCGUUCACUUCCACGAUACAUAUGGCCAAGCCCUUGCCAACAUCCUAGUAUCUCUUCAAAUGGGGAUCAGCGUAGUGGACUCGUCUGUGUCCGGCCUUGGAGGGUGCCCGUAUGCUAAGGGCGCCACUGGCAAUGUCGCGACAGAGGACGUUGUGUACAUGCUCCACGGCCUGGGAAUAGAGACCAACGUCGACCUUGGCAAGCUCAUGGACGCUGGCGACUACAUCUGCAAGCAUCUGGACCGGCCAUCAGGUUCUAAGACUGCAUCUGCUUUGUCCAAGCUAACCGGGCUGAGUCCCUGACCAUACCAUACACGGAAUUAAAAAAGGGCAGACACUUCCUGUCUAUAUAUGUAUUUACGGCACACCGCCAAUUUGUCUGUACACCGUCUCAGUUUACUCUCGGUUCAGGUCAGGUAAAACUUAUCAGAACCAUAUAUGUAACAACUUUGUAUCGUCAGUUCCUCAAAUGCCCUUCGUUGUAUAAUAGAAAAUUGUGACAGCAGAAAGAAGAGUACUAAUUUGGAAAAUGUGGCCAAAAUAAAGCAACGAAUCAUGAGUCAA